GUUGCAUUUUGUGAAGGCCUCCUAGUUCUCGAGCGAUGGGCACAGCGCAGGAGAGACGCUGUGCACGCACCGGCCACGCUGCUCUCUCUGCUGACUGUUUGAUCGUUCGUUGCCCCCCGGCUUGUACUCAUGCCCCAGGCAGCCUCAAAGGUAGUUGAUGUGGAAUGGCUGGUGACUACUAGGUUUUUGUCACCACAUCCAAUUCACAUUGACCUGGUAUACGCGGUAGUUCUUGAUCAUCGCAUCGUUGGCGGCACACCGCUUUCUUCAGCUUUGGUAUCUAUCUUGGGACUUUACAUAAAGAGAAUCGUCGUGCCAAAAGGCCUCCCUUGGGACCGUCCUAUGAGGAAUCCACCAUGCCAUCAGGCUGAACGGCAGGCUCUCGAAAACGCUUCAGCAUCACCCAUCGGUCGCAUAGGUGUCUGAACGGGGCACCCGAUUCUCCCAACAGGAAGGCCUCGACGCUCGGAAAGCGGAAGCGCGCUUUAACGUCAUGGCAUCCACCAAGGUCCCGUUCAUGUCUGGUCUCAAUCAACGAGCUUCGUACGAACGCUGUGGUGGUGAGGUGGCAGAAGACGCACAGGACCACGUGAAUGUGGAGGACAAGCCCAAAAGCUUGAUGAAGCUACAGAGCGCCUUUCACGAUGGACACAACUGCAUCAGUCCUGCUGAUCGCAGCGCAGUAGAGGUAUUGAUGCAAAUGACGACCGGUUGCGUCAGGUCACCGACGGUGUUCGGCGUUGACUCUGGUACUCUGAGCUCGCGACCUGCCGGCGAAACAGUGAAUCCCUCAAACCAUGCGCCACCACCAAGCUACGACUGCAAGCUUCAGCAGCAGUCGCAAAAUCAACUGCCAGAGUUGCCGAGUUCAAACGUUGAGACAAAGAGUCUGGGUGUGAACCGAGUGAUGGAGCCGGCAGACGAUUCGGAAGUCCCACACCAGACGCCGUCGCCCAGUCUUGGGCGCGUUAUUUACGAAGGAGCUGAGAAGUCAGAAAUAGUACCGGUCAUCUCGGAUCCAAUCGCCACCGAUGACACUGACAGAAUCCGGGAAAAGGCUCAUAUGCGGGACGGACUAAUUGGGCCAUUCCAAAGGCUACACAGCCAAGUGGCGUGGAUUCAACAUGAAUUCACAGAGCUUGAGCAGGAAAAUACUCGCUUGGAAAAGGAAAAUGCUGACUUACACGAACGUAACGCUCGUUUAAAAAGGAAUGCGGAUCGUUUAGAAAGGCGGGUGAAAUACUUGAAACGCCGCAAAGCUUCACUUAAAAGUGCACUCACGGUGUUACAAGCAGAGAAGGAGGGGCCGUGCUUCGUUGAACGGGAGAGGUCUUUUGAUAUCUGCAGUGAAUGAUAACAGAGAAUGGUCUUUGCGGGGCUAUGUUGAGGGAGCAAUGGUUCCGAGUCUAGGUAGCGAACAAGAUCGAGUUUCACGCCAGCCGCAGUAUUCCAGGAUGGAAGUCGACUCCCAGAGCGGGGACUAGCUUGGGGCUACGGCUGAUGACCACAGACUCAUUAGCGGCUAGCUUGCAAGUUCGAUGGUGGGCGAACGGUCCCAAAGGCUUGCAUUCUGAAUUGGACGAUCUACUCACAUUCAUCCGGUCCCACUGUCCAGGCGUAUCCACGAAACUUGCCUUUUCUUAAGGGGAGGCUCAGUGACCAG